AUGUCUGCAGAAUAUAAAGGUCAAGACCUGAUGGACAUCGCCAAACAGGCAGAGCGAGACCUUAACGACCCCAAGGCCGCCCAGGGCGCACAAGACAGUGGCUUUGGCGGAAAGACCGUCAAGGGUGGCAGUGAUAGCACAACCGAGUCAGGCAUUGAUACCUCGGUCACCAACAAGUUCCCCGGCAGCACAGCCGAGUACGGCAGCCACGUGUCCGGAGCAGGAAACAACCGUGACAUCCCCGUCGAAGAAGGCGGCGACAUCCAGAAGGGCACAGGAAGACUGACAAAAGCCGGAGACUUUGACCAAGGCGAGCCGGGCGAGGGACCCGAACACAUCGCUAAACGAAGGGCGGAGGAAUUCGGUGGAGAGAAUGAUGUACCGAGUAACACCAAGAACUAA